UUCAUGUCACCAGGUCAUUAUUAGCUGCAUGAUUGCUGGCCUAUGUUAUCAUAUGCAAUAGUUCAAAUUUGAUGUAAAGCUGUGUCUCCAUAGGCAGGAUUCAAGCACCCUGGGUGGAAAAUCUAUUGGCUCAAAGGAUGGAGGAUUUUGCCAACUUCCAACUCUUUCUGCAAUGACAAAUCAAUUGCCCACUGGGAAUAUCAAUGUCCAGCUCUUCCAAUUCAAAGAGAAUCCAAUGGAAUUAAAAUCCAACGAAAGCAUCACUGGAACAACUUGCAGCUUUUCUUUGCAGAACGGAAACUCUUCAAUCAAAUUCAAAAAUCUUGCAGAGAACAUUGAGAUUUAUCUGCCUCGGCCUGAAGCUUCUGAGCCUGAAAUUGUGGAUAUAGUCUGGAAACCAGGGUUUACUGUCACCUCAUCAUUCAACAUCUCAGACGCAAAUGUGACUGUGGUUGUUACAGCAAUCCCAAAUCAAAAUACAACUCUCAGUUUUACUUUGCACCCACCAGAGGCGGCAAAUGCAACCUAUUUGAAUCAAAGCACUAAUGUUACCUACAAAGACAAUUAUCGCUGGCUGAUCACCCCUGAAAUGAGAAGGGGAAUUGAGGGGACCUGGAAGGUGGCAGUAUUACCAGCUGGUCAAUCCUCAAGUAAAACGCUGAGCUUUAAAGUCUCCGUUUUUGUAACCAAGUGCCUGUUUUGGGACACUGAAAUUGAAGCCUGGAGUAGAGAGGGCUGCAUGGUUGGUCCUAAUACAAUGCCGAACCUAACUCACUGUUUGUGCAACCACACAACAUUCUUUGGGAGCUCCUUCUUUGUGAUGCCCAACCAAGUUGACUUGUCCAAGACAGCAGCUUUGUUUUCUACAGUAAAUGAGAACUAUAUAGUGGUGGUUUUACUCAGCUGCUUCUUUGCUCUCUUCCUGGUGGUCGUAAUGUGGGCCUGGUAUGCCGACCGCAAAGCUCUCAGAACGCGUAAGAUGACUCUGUUGGAAAGCAAUCAUCCAUGUGCCAUGUACAACUACCUAGUGUAUGUGCAAACAGGCCACAGAAAAGGGGCUGGCACCACUGCGAAGGUAACGGCGACCCUCCAAUUCUCAGAAGGGCAAAGCGAACCUUACUAUUUGUCUGACCCUGAGAAGCCACUGUUUGAGAGGGGAGGGGUGGAUGUGUUCCUGCUCAGUAUGCCCUUCUGUCUUGGAGAACUGCAGAAAAUUGACAUAUCACAUGACAACUCAGGUGGAAGUCCUGACUGGUACAUGGACAGAAUCACGGUUCAGGAUUUACAGACGCAGGAGGUCACAUACUUUCUGUGCUCCACCUGGCUGAGAGGUGAAACCUGCACGAGGACCUUCAACUCAGCCAACACAAAUGAAAUUGCAAGCUUUGGCAAUAUCUUCCAGACCCGGACAUCUUCUGGUUUCCGGGAUGAGCACAUCUGGGUGUCAGUCGUGGACCCCCCACGGCGCAGUCCUUUCACACGUGUUCAGAGAGUGUCAUGCUGCAUGUCUCUGCUGCUCUGCACCAUGGCCAUUAACAUCAUGUUCUGGAACCUUCCUGCUGAUACAGAGUCACCUGUCCUUCUAAAGAUAGGCUCUUUUGAACUGACAUGGCAGGAGUUCAUAGUUGCCAUAGAAAGUGGCCUUUUAAUGUUCCCCAUCAACAUCCUGAUCAUAACUAUCUUCAGACACAUCAAACCACGCAUUCUCCUUAACAAAGCUAGCACCUCCAAGAAAAAAACACCGGCCGCUGCAGUGUCUAUGAACAUUAUCCUAAAGGAAACCAUAGGACUGUUAAAUCAUCUGAGCAAAAGCCCGAAAAACAUGCUGGCUGCCAAGGAGAUACGGCCUGAGACCAGUGGGGAUCUCUUCUGGGCUCUGAAUAAAGUGAACGAUGUCCUGCAGAUUAUGCAAGUGGAAAAUGUUGGUGAUCCUCACUGGUCGUACUGCAGCCGCUUUGUGUUCUAUUCACUGAGCCACAUUUCUCACCUACUGGAGCAUGUGGGAGAAAAGGGCUUUUUCCUUGAUGAGGAGCUUCGGCAGGCACGUGAGACAGUCGCUGUUCUUCUGAAGAAGGCUGAAAUGGCAACUUUCCAGCACGUUUCCCAAAGAUCACCAACUGUGGAAGUGCAGAAGAAGAAACAGGGUUGGUGGUUGCCUUGGUGGUUUCUUUUUAUUGGUUGGUUCCUGCUUUUUGCUUUGAGUGGUUUGUCCACCUUCUUUACCCUCCUUUAUGGCUUCCAGUACGGAAGGGAGUCUUCCAUACAGUGGGUCGUCACUCUUACUUUAUCUCUUGUCCAAAGCAUCUUCAUCUUGCAGCCCCUUAAGGUGAUAUUUGUGGCAAUCUUUUUUGCCAUGAUCCUGAGGCCAGUAGCUGUGGAGAACAAUGAGGAGGUUGAACUGCUCCUAAAGGAGCAAAAGAAAAAAUGUGAGGAAUACGCUGGGAGGUCAAUAUCCUGAUCAUCAACAUCUCAGCACAGACUCAAGUGUAACGGAAGAUGCUUGUGAGGAGUCAUCAAACUCACCCAAUUUUAUUCUAUAUUUUGGUUUUGGGAACAGAGGACGCCAUUUUCAUGUCAAUGCAAAUGACUGACAUCUCACUGUCUCUUGCAGAUUUUAAUCCAUUUGUGUAAGCAGACUUUAUUUUUCAUGUUAAUGUUAGGAGCUAUUACUGUGUACAGAACAUUGUAUGAAAAUCUAGCAAAAUAUAUUGUCUAAGUGGUUUAGUCUAUACUGUCACAAUAAUAAUGGUGUAUUUAACACACAAUUUUUUCUCUACUUUUUGUUUUCUGAUAAAAUCAGAGAUCUAAUAUAGAUGAUGGCAAUAAUGUCACUUGAAAAUAACAUAUAUAAGCUGUCAUACUGAGGUUCACAAACAAUUAUUUAAAAAAUUACUAUCCAACAAUACAUGAACAUAUCUACAUUUUGUUGGGCCAUAUGAUUUUAGAUA